AUGUUUGGGAAACAAGACAAAAUGGACGUUAGAUGCAAUUCUGAGAUCGAAGCCAACCGGGUCUCCAAGAACGGGCACAAUAAAGAGGGCAAGGAAAGCAAAGGAUGCGAAGGAAAUAUUUCGACUUCUUUUUUGAAGGAUCCACAAGGGACUUUCUCGUCUUCUGGCGGCUCGGAAGACUGCAGCAAAAACAAAUCGAGUUCCGCUGACCCGGAUUAUUGCAGAAGAAUACUAGUCCGAGAUGCCAAAGGUUCAAUAAGAGAGAUUAUCCUCCCGAAGGGGCUUGAUCUGGACCGACCCAAAAGGACCCGCACGUCUUUCACGGCGGAGCAACUUUACCGGCUGGAGAUGGAGUUCCAGAGGUGCCAAUACGUGGUUGGACGGGAAAGGACCGAGCUGGCCAGGCAGCUCAAUCUCUCAGAAACUCAGGUCAAAGUCUGGUUCCAGAACCGACGCACCAAGCAAAAGAAGGACCAAGGCAAAGACUCGGAGCUGAAAUCCGUGGUGUCGGAGACGGCGGCGACGUGCAGCGUCCUGAGGCUGCUGGAGCAAGGGCGGCUCCUCUCGCCUCCGGGCCUGCCGGGCCUCUUGCCGCCGUGCGCCACCAGCGCCUUGGGUUCAGCCUUGCGCGCGCCCAGUCUCGCCAGCGGCACCGGCGGCUCGGGAUCCGCGACGGCGGGCGGCUCCCCGCACCAGCCGGCCGUCAGCAGCAGCGCCGCCGCCGGCCCGGCGCACCCGUCCCCUCCCGGGGGCCACAAUCUCUUUAGCCUGCCCGUGCCCACCCUGCUGGGCUCGGUGGCCAGCCGGCUUUCCAACCCUUUAGCGAUGGCCGGUUCUCUGGCCGGUAACUUGCAAGAACUGUCCGCUAGAUACCUGAGCUCUUCGGCCUUCGAGCCCUACUCCAGGACGGCCAAUAAAGAAGGCGUCGAGAAAAAGGCCCUGGACUGA